AUGAAGUUUGUCGUUCUUUACGUUCUCAAUAAAAGUUCAGUUGAAAUGUUUAGCGAGCCACCUUUAUCAUCAGUUCCUGACUUAAUCCAACCAGAGAUGUCGAUUCAUACGUCUCCUAUAUCAUCAGCAUCAGCAUCACCCUUAUCGUCAGCAUCUCAUUCACGUACAUCUACGAUUACUUCGAGUAGUUAUCAAAAAACAGAUAUCUUAAAUAAUUCACAAUCAAACUUAACAUCGAAUUCUUCACCACAACAGCAUCAUCGGCAAAUGAAGAUUGGCAAAUACUAUCUAGAGAAAACAAUCGGAAAAGGAAACUUCGCUGUGGUCAAAUUGGCAACACAUUGUGAUACACAUCAGAAAGUUGCCAUUAAAAUCAUUGAUAAAUCACGUCUAGAUCCAACCGAUCAUCGAAAACUUGAGCGUGAAAUUGCUGUUAUGAAAUCUUUAGUACACCCGUAUAUAAUUCGACUUUAUGAAGUUAUGGAAUCGAAAAGUUUGAUUUAUUUAGUAACAGAAUAUGCACCGAAUGGUGAAAUGUUAGAUUUACUUAUCCGAGAAAAACGUUUAAGUGAAGCAAAAGCAAGAGAAAAAUUUCGUCAACUCGUCUUAGGUGUUGAAUACAUACAUUCAAAAAAUAUUGUACAUCGUGAUUUAAAAGCUGAAAAUUUACUUUUGGAUGCUCGUGGCAACAUCAAAAUAGCAGAUUUUGGUUUUGCGAAUACAUUUCAACGAAAUUCAAAAUUACAUACAUUUUGUGGAUCACCACCUUAUGCAGCUCCAGAACUCUACAAAUGUCUUCCAUAUUCACCAGAGAAAGUCGACGUUUGGUCUCUGGGUGUUCUACUUUAUGUAUUUGUUUGUGGCCAUUUACCAUUCGAAAGUCAUAAUCUCGCUGAACUACGCAAACGUGUUCUCUCUGGACAGUUUCGUUUACCAUUUUAUAUCAGUUCAGAUUGCAGCUCAUUGAUUAGUCAUAUGUUAAAUGUUGAUCCUGAUCAACGUUAUACGCUAAAUGAUAUAAAAAAGCAUUCGUGGCUAAUGUUAACUAACACAAAUGUAACUGAUUUAACAUCUUCAACACAGUUGCCAGUAAAUUGUCAAUUGACAAAUGCUAUACUUGAUCAUGCUGAGUUUCUCGGCUAUAAUCGAACACAAAUCUUAAAAUCAGUAAAUGGAAAUUCUUAUGAUAGUGAUGCGGCCAUAUGGCAUUUACUAUUAGAGAAGUUUCAACAAACAUGUCAUAUAGACAAUUCUCACAUUCCAAGCGAAACCGUCUUUGAUGAUGAUGUAAAUAAUUCAGAUUUAACUAGACGAUCAACGGCACCGAUUAUCUUUGAUGAAGACAACACAGGAUUAGCUUAUUCAGCUCCAAAUACUGCGGAAUCGAUACGACCACAAUUAGAUCCCUGCGAUCUACAACAUUCAUCUCAACAAGAUUUAUACCAUCGACAGGAUCCUGAUGUUCGUGCUGAAUAUUUGGGUAACUAUGUCGAUGACGACGACGACGACGAUGAUGAUGAUGUUAAUCGUGAUGAUGAAGAAGACGAAGUAGCAUCGGCACAGUUACUUGAACGGUAUACACGUUCGCACGGCCUACGACGACAUACAAUAGGUCGACCCGAUUUAAUGGUACAUGGAGGACCGAUUCCAAACCUAGCGUCGAGAGUACAAUUUGCUCAUCAAAACUCAAGCAUUCAGCCAUCAUUUCUGGCCAAUCGACUGGCCGAUCUUCAGCAGUUACAACAGCAGAAACAACAACAGUUUAAUUUGAGUAGUAUAUCCGACAGUGCUGAUGAAUGUUGUACACCGCCAUCAAGAUCAAUUUAUGAUUCGAAAGAUACACAUUCGGCGAGUUUCAAUGGUCUAUCCACUCAUACUCCUAUGAUUCAUGCUACAUCGGAUGCACACAAUCAACAAUAUUUAGACCGAAAUUGGCUUUCGCCACUCGGUGCGAACACUUUCCAUAUGAACCGACGAGCAAGUGAUAGUGGUGCUCAUCUCCUACUUCUUCAACAACAGUAUGGUGCACUGAACCCAAACACAUUGAAUGCUGCUUUGCCAACACAACUGCCGUCGCCUCUGUCAACUCAAUCAUCUCGAGGAAGUAUAACACGUGGUGCACCGAUAACAUUGCCUAUUUUUUCGAUCACACCUCAUGACGACGACAAAGAUGCAGAGCGUAAAGAUCUCAGUACUGAAGAGGACGAUGAUGCGGAGGCCCUGGCAAGAUAUUUGAGCAGUGGCAAACGUCAUACGGUAUGUGAACAAGGUUUAGUUCUCGGCUGCAAAGCACGACGCGGUAAUCGUGAACCUACCAAAGAACGCAGUAUAUCAUCGCGCCGAGCGAGCGACACAACAUCGCAUUUUAUGAAUAGUAAUACUCGAGCACACUUUGAACGUCUAUAUAGCAAUGCUGUCAGUUCCAAACCAAGUGAAGAAGAUCUGACAGCAUCAAGUUUGCAAGAGUUGCAAAAACUACAAAAGCAAGUUCAAAAACAUCCAGCAAAUACGUCAGAAUCAGUAAUGAUUCGACGUAAUACUGCUAUUCCAUCUCCAACGAAUUCUCUCGGUCUUCAUAUGAUACAAGAAGAGCAUCAUCACCAUCCUCCUCCUCCUCAUCAACCACAUCAACAGAGCAAUUUACUAUCAGCCAACUAUUCCUAUUCUAAUCGAAAUAAAUCUCGAUCAUCAUCCUCAUCGGAAACAUCCGCACCCAUCGAUGAAGAUGAACACGUGAUGGAUUGUGACGAACAUCCACCUAAUCUUCAUAAUCAAGAACAAAAUUUAUUUAGUUCAUCUCAUUUUCACCCAUCAACGUCAUCACCUUCAAGAUUCUAUUAUAGUACCAGUCCUCUAACUGCUCAACAUUUACCCAUCCCGACAACGACUUCUUCUUACGUACCCUGA